AACCAAGGUUGUACUUUGGUAGCUGCCGUCGACCUGAAAAGGGCGAGUGCCGACUAAAAGAGGAUUGCCUUGAGGAACAAGGUUUUGUACAGGCCCAGGAUUCUUCAGAAUGCUUCAAUACGGUUUGCUGUUUUAAGAGCAGCACAGUAUACCCGCAAUCAGUUAAAAAUUACUGCGACCGCGAUCUGAGGCCCCAUAUAUCUAAUGGAGAGGUCACCAAAAUCCGGGAAUUCCCCUGGAUGGCCAUGUUGCUGUACGGAGAACGACUUCUGCCCAAGUGCGGGGGUUCCCUGGUGGCCAAAAAGUGGGUUUUAACCGCAGCACAUUGUGUUCCAAGAGAGGAUCAUGAGGAUCAGCUACGUAUUGUUCGUCUAGGAGUGUGGGAUACACGGCUAACACAGAGUUGUCAGGGUCCGGACUGCACCCCGCCUCCUCAGGACUUUAACAUUGAAAAGGCAAUUGUUCACGAUAUGUACCAGCCCUCUGAGAGUUCGGGGACCACUCUGGAAAAACACUCUAAUGACAUUGCCUUGCUCCUUCUUGAACAGAAUGUAACUUUCACAGAGUUUAUUCAGCCCAUAUGCCUGCCCUCAGUUUACAAUCCCUCGCGAAAUGAUGGUUAUGUUGACUUUAGCCUGACGAUUGCCGGAUGGGGUCAUACCAGUGAGUCAUCAUUGGAUACCAGUCCCGUGAAGAUUAAGGCUAAGGUUAAUGGCUGGUCCAUGGACAGCUGUAAGAGGCAAUAUGAGAGAGUAAGUCCGGGUCAGAUGUGCGCUGGUGGCGGUGCCUCAAGGAAGGGCAGUUGCUUCGGCGACUCUGGUGGCCCAGUGAUGGAUGACAACCAGCUGGUCGGUAUCGUCUCCCUUGGGGAGCCCAGGUGUGGAUCCGACCGCGGACCCAUGGUCGUCACACGAGUGGACUCUUAUGCAGAAUGGCUGGACCACAACUUGCAUUCUCACAAUGUUCUUGGACCACAACAAAACCGAAGCAAACGCGCGUAUUUAUUUAACAUUUUUUUGCAUAAUGUUUUAGCCUGAGAUAAUGCGGUAUAGAUGUUGUACAAGUAUCAAAAAACACUGAAAUCAAUAAUAAAUUUAAUUUAGUGUUUAAAA